GCAACUUGGACAACGAUGAUCUUCAGCUGCUGACUGCAGUUCGGGUGCAGGGGCUCUUCGGCCAGAAUGUGGGAUGCGCUGAUCUGGACGUUACCAAAGUCUGGGUUUCACGCGCCCAGAACUCCGACCCUGAGCUGGUGGUGGGACAUCCAGAUGAUUUUGAGACACUGUUGCCUUCUUCGGUGCACAAGCGCAACGGCUCAGCGGGUGUGGAAAUAGAUAUCAAGAAAAUCCCUCGAGACAUGGGCAAGGCACUCAAGCUGCCGCAGCUUCUUCAGCUCCUCCGGCGGAACUCUGUUAGGUUCGUCGCUUUGGAGUUGAAGGACAUGGAUCUGCAAGUGUUGGAGCUGAUGCUGCAAACUUUGCGCCAAGAAGGCUUUGCAAGCAGGGGCGAUGUGGGCCUGUGGUACUCGCCUGCGGAUGUGGAGCUCUACCAGCAGGUGCACAAAGACCAGUAUCCAGAUGUUAAGGGCAUUCUG